GUGAGCAAAAAUUUAAACAAUAUUUCCAAUUUCAUAAGUUGUCGGGCUAUUUUAGAUAGUGAUUUUACAGAACUAAACACAAAAAACAUGCAUUUAUAUUCGAUGCUUAAUUUAACGGAGGAAAAGAAUUAAAGUUGAAUUUAUUAGUGAAAUUGACCACAGACUUUACGUAAUGGCAACUGAUGAAUAUAUUUCCACUGGUAUAGAUAAAAAGCAGGUUGAUAAUAAUGAAAAUGAGAAGUUUAUAGCAGCUAUUGAUCAAGGUACAAGUAGUUCAAGAGUGAUUAUAUUUUCAAUCAACAAUGGAAGUAUAAUAGCUAUGCAUCAAAUAAGUGUAACACAAAGUUAUCCGUCACCUGGAUGGAUUGAAAUGGAUGCUAAUCAGAUUUAUACAACAAUUCUAGAAUGUUUAAAUAAAUGCGUGGAACAAUUAAAAUCAGUAAAUAAAAGUACCAAAGAUAUUGUUGGUGUUGGUAUUACAAAUCAACGUGAAACGACUAUUGCAUGGAAUAGUGAAACAGGUGAACCAUUAGCUCCAGCUAUUGUUUGGUCUGAUGCAAGAACUGCUGAUGAUGUUAAAAAAUUUAUACGAAUAGCUCCUGGUAAUAAAUCAAAUGCUUUUCAGCUUAUUACAGGUUUACCGAUACAUAGUUAUUUCUCAGCUUUAAAAAUGAAUUGGUUAUUAAAUAAUGUCAAGUCCGUGGCUGAAGCAGAUGAAGGAAAUAAAUUGUUAUUUGGUACAGUUGACUCAUGGCUGAUAUGGAAAUUAACUAGUCAGAUGUGUCAUGUUACUGAUGUAACGAAUGCAAGCCGUACACUACUAUUUAAUUUGAAUACAUUAGAGUGGGAUCAUGAUCUGUGCAAAUUUUUUCAUAUUAAUCCGCGUACACUUCCAAAAAUAGUAACAUCAUCUGAAUUAAUCGGUGUUAUUCAAGAUUCAAAAUGUUUAAUGAAAGGCAUUCCUAUUUAUGGGAUAUUAGGUGAUCAACAAGCAUCACUUGUUGCACAAACAUGGGGACUGUCUAGUUCUGUAAAUGAAAAUAAUUUAUCAGAUAUAUCCAAGGUUAAAGUGACGUAUGGAACUGGAGCAUUUAUGCUAUGGAAUAUUGGUUGUCAACCAUAUUUUUCAGAUAAAGGUGUUCUAACCACAAUAGCUUAUAAAAUGGGUUCAAAAGGAAGACCAUAUUAUGCUUUAGAGGGUGCUAUAUCAUUUGCUGGGGCUACAAUGAAAUGGCUAAAGACUAAACUGGAUGCGUUUAAAGAUGAUGCAGAAUGUGAGAAAUUGUCGGCUUCAGUAUACAGAAAACAAAGAUUUAAUGAACCAGAUCCAUGCUAUUUAGUUCCAGCAUUUAGUGGUCUUUUCUGUCCAUGGUGGCAAGAAAGUGCACGUUGUGUUAUUUGUGGGAUUACAGCGAAUGUUGAUAAAUCUGAUCUUAUUUAUGCUGGCUUAAGAUCAUCUGUAUAUCAAACACAUGAUGUUCUCUUUGUGGCUACUUUAGCUAAAGCUAAUAAUAAAUACCAUUCAAUAGCUCCAUUAGUGACAUUAAAAAAACCAACUGAAAUUAUUGUUGAUGGUGGAAUGUCCAAUAGUGACACUCUUAUGCAAAGUUUAGCUGACAUUUUGAGUUUACUCAAUCAGAAUAUCGUAAAACAAGAAUUUGGCGGCAAUAGUCAAUUCACUGACUUUGAAACUGUUACUCAUGCAAAUAAACGUGCUAGGAAGAUAGUCUCCUGAUUAGUUGUUCAUCACAGUUAAUCAGCGAAUCUCAUAAUCAUUGUCAAAUAAUAAUAUUAACUGUCAAGAAAUUUAUCUCUCAGUCUUUACAAUCUACCCUGAAUUAUUCAAGUAAUCAGUCAUUUAACCUUAUAGAAUAUUUGCAUUGGCAAUCAAUAUACAAAUAAAAGCUACAGAAUUAAAGUACAUGAAUAAAUCAUUUAUCAGACAGGAUUCAGGUGAACAAUCAAUCUCAAAGUUAUUUAUUUUUAAUCCUAAAUUCCAAUAAAAAAUAAAAUACGUAUAUGGUUAAACUAAACUGUGAGUAUACUAUUAGUAGAUAUCUAUAGAAAAAAUAACAUUCUCUAAUCUUUCACCUGGAUUACCUUGACGAGUAAAAAGCUUUGGUGAUUGUUUGGAUGGCUAAUAUUAGUCAACUUUUCCUGUUUCCAAGUUCCAAUCAACUGAAAAAGCACGAACAUAACCUUAAGUAUUAGAAUUUAUCCACUUUUAGUAAAUAACUGUAAUUCAACUACGACAUUCAAUCCAAAUGACAUUAAGAUAAUGAUCGGAAUAUAUUAUCGUACUGUUCAUUUUUGUAAAAAAAUAAUUCGUAUACAAACAAUUGUUUUUUAAUCCUACAGGAAAUAUUAAGCUUGAACAAGAAACAGUUGAAAACAAAAUAAUAUUUCCAGACGAGAAUAGAUAUACCGAAAAGAAAAUGAAAGGAUUAAUUUCAAGGCUUAAUAAAAUAAUAAGGUUUAUUAACAUAAUUGAAGUCCGUAUGGUAAUUGAAAGCUCCAAAUCCAACUUUCAAAUUUUUAACAUUUCACUAUAAUUCUAGUUGUUUGCAUUUCUGAAGAAACAAUUGAUCUUUAAUUUGUGAACAGUGAUAUGCAGGUAGCAGAAAAACAAGGAAUCUGUUUAAAUAAUAAUUAUUCGUGAAUCUAUACUUGUUGUCAAAGUUGCAAAAUAUGAAUAGACCAGGUUUGUGGAUAUCAUUCAACUCAGAGUGUACAUCAAAAUCCUAUUUUGACUAGAACAAAUAAAAGAGAUCAUUUCCAUUUAAAGAUGGGACUUUUUCUUCAGUGUGCAUACGUGAUCCUUCUGGUAAUAGGAUUUAAAAUGAAACCACUCUUCAGUGAACCAUGGUUUUUAGUGUAUAUCUACCCUGAAGCCAAUUAGUUUUGUAGACUUCAAUGUUUCAAAAUAAGUUGUAUUAUUGUUUCGUUUCUUUAUUUCUCAUGGUUAUUUUCAAGGUAGUAGUGAAUAUCAUUAUAAUAAGGGAAGAGUACGAUUUGGGAAACUUUUUGAUUGUUUAAACUUCUAUUGAAAUGUAAAUUGAUAUGUAAUUAUCAUGCACUUUUAUAAUAAUAAUCAAAAAAAAGUAUAGUAACUUCAUUGAACUAGCUAACCGAUCAAGUUCAACCUAUAUCUAAAAAAUAUCUCUUUCUUAUUUGAAGUAUACGUUUGAUUUUCAUGAAUUUUACUGGUUAGCAAAACUUAUGUUACAUUUCAUGUAAAAAAGUAAUUGAAUAACUGACCAACUUAAUGCUACUGAUAUAAUAUAUAUUACGUAAUUCUUUAUUUCAUAUUGUUUAGUUAUCUCCUCUACUUAUUUUAUUUUUCAUUGAAUAGAUGUAACUGUUCGACGUCAUAAUCAUUCUGAUGUUAUGACUGCAUUAGGUGCAGCAAUUACUGUGGCAUUAGCACUGAAUAUUGAUCCAACUGGACUAUUAAAAGUUCGAGAAUAUUCAUCUUAUAAAUCAGAUGAAUAUCAGUCAACAUUUCAUUCAAAAAUUAAUUCAAAUGACCGUGCUGUUAAAUUAUACGGUUGGCAUGAAUCAGUUAAACGAAGUUUACACUGGAUACCCAAUAAAUCAAUAAAUGAAUCACAGAAUACACUUCUCGAUUCAUUGGAUCGUAUCUGUAAUGAGGAAUGUGAAAAUAAGAACAGAAUUAAAGUGAAUGAAGUUCUGUUUAAUGUGUUCAUUUAUUUCUCUAUUUCUAUUCAUUAUUCUAUAUCAUUUAGUAAAAAUAUUAUUGUCUGUAUAGUUAAAGAAGUCGUUUCUACUUUCUAAUAAUCCAUUACUCGUAUUUUAUUCUAAGCGUUUAUUUACACGAAAAUCUAAAGUCUGUCUCAUAAAUGCUGAUUUUUGUUCUAUGUGAUGAUACACAAUAGCGACUGGUAUUUCGAGUCAUUUUUAAUUUCAAAAGUUGAGGUCAUGAGUCAAUUGAAGCUAGACCGCUAUGGAAAACCUGGAAGACCUGAACAACCGUUUCGUCCUAUUGUGGGACUCCUCAGUAGUACGCAUCCACGAUCCCGCCUCGCGAGAUUCAAACCCAGGGCCUAUCAGUCUUGCGCGCGAUCACUUAACCUAUAGACCACUGAGCCGGUAUCCAACGGUGAUCUCAACUAUUGAAAUUACUAUAACAUCCACAAAACCCUUCUGAUAUUGAUCAUUUUUAGUUAUUUCAAAAGUCCAUAUACCAAACUAAGUCAUUUUAAUUUGUUGCUAUAACUGUUAUGAUAGAUGUCUACAAACUAAGUAAUUAUUCAUGAGUGAUAUAUUUAAUCCCGACCGUUGCUGCUACCUUGACGUGGUGAUCGGGCUUGCCUAUCGUGAUGAACCAAUCGAGCUAUACUGGCUGGAACAAUCGUUCCUCAAGGUCCUACCAUGCCAGACAGGUCGGUUGAAAAACGGUAAGACUAAAGGCAGCAAACCGAAGCUCCGACGGCGAAGUCGUACUGCUGAUUGUACAGAGGUGUGACGGCAGUAAGGUGUUUCCUUCAGACAACCAGCAGAACAGCGAUGCUGCCUCUUCACAAGGAGGGAUGGGGUUGAAAGAGGUCGACCCUAAAAAUACACACUUCGCCUCAUCCUAUAGAUAUUCGUCUCCGGCGGUAGAGUCACAACAAUUACGGAGAUAACACAAAAAUUACCCACAAAAGGGUCGUGUGACCGGCCUCAAACACAGUUGUCUCUUGGGCACUGUGGUGACACUCUCAUGUCACUUUGUCCGGUUCUAAGCCAAUUUCUUUUUCAGGUACCUCUAGAAGAGUCCUUUCACGGUGUGGGCAACCAGGAAGUGAUAACUGCCCUCAUACUUCUAACAGCACUCAAGAUCACUGUAUUCAUAGUCAAUCUCCUUCCUCAACUCCUAUUAUUUCUCCCACCUCGACUAUCAACUCUGUCAACUCUAAUGAAUGGUUUAUAUAACACAAAUACGGUGAGAUUACAUACAUAGUGAAAUCAGGGUAGAGAACAAUAAUAGAAAGGAACUCAUGACAUUAAUUAGUGUCAGAACAUUUAGCGAGCUUGGUGUUUCUUUGUCUGAGCUCACUGGCUACAUUUUAAUAGGAAAACUAAAAAAGAUCAAAUAUUUAAAGUAUAACAGGAAUGGUUAGUUUUCGCAUCAUUGUGACGUUAAAGUUGCACUCAUGAUUUUAGGAAGGGAUUCGGGUUAAAAACCAAUUAUUUAAGAAUGUAAAAGUGGUUGAAAUCUUCUGAGUGCCAGUGAUUCUAUGAAGAAAAAUAUAACGUAAUGACAGAUUAAAAAUCUAAUCUAUGUUUGGUUCAAAUAUCCGUCUCAAAAAUAUACUUUGAUGUGAAGUAGCACAAUUCACCUAUCCCAUUACUGAAUUGGGAUUGUCCUGUCGAAUAAGUUUAAAUUCAUUUCGGUACAUUUCUUAUUAUCAUAAACUUUACAUUUCAAUUGCUAGUUGUUCGUUUGUGUUGUCACUCACAUAUAAACUGGUAAAUACUUUGGGAGGUGAAGUAAAGAUUUGUAUGUUUUAAGACUUGUAUAAUGUAAUAGGGUCAGUUCUUUUGGUACAGAAAAAUUUGGUUGCUUAUUAUUUAUUUUCAGUAGUUGUUUUCAACCUCUGUCAUCAAAUUAGACUAUCUAGUUAUCUUCUGCAAUCAGAAAUUGAUUAAACACUCUUCGACAAAUAACAGUAAAGCUGUCUGACGAAUGUUUAUCUAUUCUACUGGAUAUUCAUUUCAUAUUAGUGUUUUAAUCGACAACGUCUUCGUCAUAUAUAUUUUCAAUGAAGGUACAUGAAUGAAAUUCUUUGUUUAUAACGUUGUAUAAUACGCAUUAUCUUCUCUAAUUCAACAUAUCUAGUUAUAAUGAUAAACACUUACUAGGAGCAUCGCUUACUUUCGUGUUUAAAUAAUCAUUACUUGUUAAAGCCUUACCAUUUUAUUCGAGUAAUAUAUCAGCGCAAAAUAAUCCAUAACUAUUCAAUGGUUACAAUGAUGAUCAUGAAAGAGAAUGACUUUAGCUGGCAAACUGUUUAUAGUAUUACUACAGCUAUUCCUUCUGUUUUUUUUUCUAUUUGUAUCCAUAAUCAUAUGUUUUCAAUUUCUGAUUAUUAUGAAAGAAAAAUCAGUGUUCAUUGAAUUCACAAAAAAUAUCGUUUGGUCUAACAGCUAUUGGUCUAUUUUUACUUGGAUUGUUCGUUGGUCAAAGAAUUAAAUGAUCUGUUUACUCUAUGCUUCCAUAUAUAUAUAGACCAUAAUUUAAACUUCAUUUUAAAACAAACUAUCUUAUUAUCAGUUAAUUCAUCUAUUUAAUAAAUUAUACCUAAGUAAUCUUC